AUGUCGUCUUCAAGCAACUAUCCCAAGUUCUUGGGCAUGAAUGGCAAGCCUCUGGAGUGGACUGUCACAGUGAUCUUGACCUUUGGGUUCGUGCUGGUAGGCUACGAUCAGGGUGUGAUGUCCGGAGUCAUCACUGCACCUCAAUGGCUCAGCUUGUUUCCGAGAGUCAACCACAACGCUACGCUUCUGGGAUUUACUGUUGCCAUAUACGACAUCGGCACCAUGCUUGGAGCGGUGUCUAUGAUAUUCCUUGGAGAUCGCCUAGGCCGUAAGAAAUCAUGCUUACUCGGCGGCGCUGGAGUCAUCAUUGGUGUUGUAAUCCAGGUCACGGCCAUGCCUUCGUCUUCGAUCGAUGGCAGAUUUGCCCAGUUCUUAAUCGGUCGCACAAUCACAGGAUGGGGCAAUGGUAUCAAUAUGGCAUCCAUGGCGGUUUGGCAGUCUGAGCUUUCUCAUGCAAGCCGCGGAAUGCUUGUCUGCUUGCUGAAUUACGGCAUUCAAAAUUACACGACAUCAAUCACCUGGAGAUUUCCCAUCGCUUUCCAAAUUGUGCUUUGUCUCGUCUACUUCAUCGGCACAUCCUUCCUACCCGAAAGUCCUCGCUGGCUAUGCAAGAUGGAUCGCAUCGAAGCCGCGACAAAGUCAAUGGCUGCUAUCAACAAAGAACCAAUCGAUGGACCGAAAACGAAAGAGGACAUUCGUGGUAUUCUCGACUCUAUCGCCAUCGAGCAGAGCAGCGACGCAGGCUUCUUCGGCAUUGGAGACAUGUUCACAGGAGGCCCCUCGCAGCAUUGGCGCCGUGUCCUCAUUGGCGUCUCAUCGCAGUUCUUCCAGCAGAUCACAGGCUGCAACGCCGUCAUCUAUUAUUCGCCGAUCCUGUUUCUUACCACGCUAAAGACCUUGCCUCACUUCUCCCAGCUGAUUGGUGGCGUGGACAUGAUCGUCUACGCACUGUUUGCACUGCUGUCAUUCUGGACUGUGGAAUCCGUCGGGCGCAGAAAGGUCUUCCUGAUUGGCACGGCUGGCCAGAUGGUCUCUAUGAUUAUCACCUUCGCAUGCAUUAUCCCGGGAACAGCGAGUGCAGCCAAAGGUGCCGCAUUUGGUCUCUUCCUGUACAUCGCAUUCUUCGGUCCUUCAUACUUGACAGUGCCCUGGCUUUACGCGGCUGAGAUCAAUCCUAUCAAAAUUCGUGCGAAAGGUGCCGCUGCCGCCAACAUCGUGAACUGGAGUUUCAACUUCCUGGUCGUCAUGGUUACUCCGAUUAUGAUUCAGAACAUCGGCUGGGGAACCUAUCUCUUCUUCGCAGCCGUGAACGCCGCUGCCCUCCCUUUCAUCUAUUUCUUCUACCCAGAGACAAGCCACCGAUCUCUGGAAGAAAUCGAUUUCAUUUUCGCAAAGGGCUACUACGAGAACAUCUCCUACGUCAAAGCCGCCAAGGAAAUGCCGCGCUUGACCAACGACGACAUGGAAGCUCUUGCUGACGAAUAUGGCCUGACUGAUGUUAAGAUGAAGAGGGCUGAUAGUGGUAAGGACAGCGCAGCUGAGGUGGAGACUUAUGAAAAGGUCUAA